AUGGUAUCUGUCAAAUUUUCUCCAGACACUGAUAUCCCCAGCCAGAAGGGGAAAGUCAUCCUCAUCACUGGCGGGAACUCGGGACUUGGUCUUGAGACCGCUCGGGCGCUUCUGAAGCAUGAACCUUCCAGGGUCUUCCUCGCGUGUCGCAGCAAAGCAAAGUUCGAGCAAGCUGUUAAUGACCUGCGACAAGGAGGCUCCAACACCGAGGCCAUAUCUUUUCUCGCUCUUGAUCUCGCUUCCCUAUCGAGCAUCAAGUCCGGCGCCGCAGAAUUCCAAGCUUCUUCCUCCCGACUCGAUGUACUCAUAAACAAUGCCGGCAUCAUGAUGACGCCAGAGGGUCUCACCGAGGAAGGCUACGAGAUCCAGAUUGGCACGAAUCAUAUGGGCCAUGCAUUCCUCACCCAUCUCCUCCUCCCUACACUCGAAGAAACUGCCAAGACCAAUCCCGACGUUAGGAUCGUCUUCCUCUCUUCCGCGGCAGAGGCCAUGUCUCCAAAGAACCCAUACCAGUUCGAUCAAUUCAAGACCACAAUGUCCAACUUCUCUACGACAUCGCGCUAUGGGAUAUCGAAGCUUGCAAACGUCCACUACGCCGCAGCCCUUGCCGGGCGAUACCCCAAUAUCAAAGUCAUCAGCGUCCACCCAGGGAUCGUACAGACAAACCUCGCAGCACCGCUCAUCGGCGGCAGUCUCAUCCUGGGAACGAUCGCCCGGGUCUUCUUGAGCUUGAUCGCUACUGAUGCUGCCAAGGGUGCAUUCAAUCAGCUAUGGGCAGCGACUGAUCCCAAGGCUGAAAGUGGCGUUUUCUACUAUCCUGUUGGUGUGGCGGGCAAGGGAAGCAAGCUGAGUCAGGAUAAGGACGCCCGUGAAAAACUUUGGGAAUGGACGCAGCAAGAGAUCAAGCAGCACCUCGGCUGA